UGUAUUAUUCUAUUUUCAGAUUUUUACUUUAUCAGUAAAUCUACAUUGCCUAAAGAGAUGAUUCAAAGAUGCUAAUCUUUACACUAUUUGAAAUUAAAUUCAAAUUCAUGGGAACAUAAACAAACUUGUAAAUUGAGAUUUUGCUAAUCUAAUCAAGGUUCAGGAUGGCCAGUAUACGUGUAGGGGACCCGGAAGACCAUAAUUGGAGUUAUGCUGGUUCUAGUAUGGAUGUUCCGAGUAUCAUGGUGUUCCGUCCAACCUGGGAGGAGUUCAAGGACUUCAACAAGUACAUGGAGAAGAUAGAGGCGCAGGGAGCACAUAAAGCUGGGUUAGCGAAGAUAAUCCCUCCGAAGGAAUGGGUUCCGAGGAAAGCAGGAUAUAAUCUGAAAAGAGACAAAACCCUUCAACAGAUGAAGAUACCGAACCCUAUUUGUCAGGUUGUAAACGGGAACCGUGGAAUAUUCCAAUCAAUCAAUGUUCAGAAGAAAACCAUGACGGUGAAAGAAUAUCAGGAGCACACUAAAAAUGACGGAUAUGAGCCACCGAAAUACAAUGAUUAUGAGGAGCUGGAGCGUAAAUACUGGAAGAAUGUAACGUUUAUCGCUCCCUUGUAUGGGGCAGAUGUAUGCGGCUCCAUAACUGAUCCUAGCUGCGAUCAUUGGAAUAUCGCAAGAUUGGGAUCCAUACUCGAUUACGUAAACAAGGAUUAUGGAAUUGAGAUCAACGGUGUGAACACAGCGUACUUAUACUUUGGUAGUUGGAAGACGACAUUUGCCUGGCAUACAGAGGAUAUGGAUCUCCACAGUAUCAACUACUUACACUUUGGAGCAUCCAAGUUCUGGUACUGCAUACCACCCAGGUUCAUGAAGAGAUUUGAACGACUGGCAGACGGAAUGUUUCCCCAGUUGAAGAAGGAGUGUCCGGCCUUUCUCCGGCAUAAGAUGUGUCUCAUCUCCCCCAACCUGCUCCGCCAGCACUCCAUCCCCUAUAACAAGGUGGUCCAACAUGAGGGGGAGAUUAUGAUCACGUUUCCUUGUGGAUAUCACUCAGGUUUUAAUACAGGGUUUAAUUGUGCUGAGAGUACGAACUUCGCUACCCCUAGAUGGGUUGAGUAUGGGAAGAGAGCCUCCAGGUGCCAUUGCAAAGCUGACAUGGUCAACAUAUCCAUGGAUUGCUUCGUCAAACGAUUUCAACCUGAAAGGUAUGAGAACUGGUUGGCUGGAAAGGAUCUAGGAUACCAUCCUGAAGAUGAUCCUAAGAUGAGUAAGAUGUCUAUAGCUCCUCCUCCUAGUGCAGAGGAGUUCCUAAUCAAUAAAACAAACGAAGAGGUUCCAGACUGUAUCCUCAACCCUGAUCUGAGUAAGAAGAAACACAAGAGGCAUCCGAUCCAUCGAACCCUGGGAGGACGGAGUAUGGCAGGAUUUACUCAGGAUACUCCUAAACCUAAGGAGGGCUCAUUCGGGAACAAAGGAGAUGACUCUGAUAGCGACACAGGUAUAGAGCAGGCUAUCUAUGAUUAUGACUAUGAAGCUCUUGAAGAUAUAUGGUUGAAGGCUGGAGAGAUGGAACCUUCUGAUGCUACGUUUACUACUGAUGAAGGAUAUGGGAGCAGUAAGAAAAGACGACAUUCUGGUAACUCGAUGGAGGAGGAAACUAAUUAUAAGAAGACCCGCUGUGGAGUCUGUCAAGGAUGCAUCAAGGAGAACUGCGGGAAAUGUUUCUGUUGUCUGGACAUGAUAAAGUUCGGCGGACCAAACCGUUUACGGAAAGCCUGUAAUAUGAGAACAUGUCUGAGGAUGACGAACAAGACGAAGACGAAGAAGGUGAAGGAGAAGUGGAACACGGAGGAGUCAAGAAGGAGAGGAUCCAGGGAUCAUAGUAGUGAGAGUAGCACUGGGUUCAGUGAGACUAGUGAGAUGGAUAACAUGGAGGAAUCUGAACCUGAAAUUAAGAACUCAAACUCUGUGAGUAGUAGAGUAGAGAACCCGGCCUCUAAUAUUCUCUCCUCAACCUCGUCCUCGUCUGAGGUUGAGGUCACAGAGGACGUUAAACCUUGUACAGUUCUUCCUGUCCAACCUCAACACAGCAAUAUUCAUCCUAAACCCCAGUCAUUAACCAGAUCUCCAAAGACGUUUGAAAGUGCGUUUCUUAAGUUCUGCAGUGGAACAGCUGCAGAGAAAGUUUUAGGUCCAAUGGGACUAACCGUUCCCCAUCAAACAUCUCUAGUAGUAAAUCCAAACCUGAGCAACACAAUUCAUCCCAUAAUUCCAUUGGUUAAACCUGGACACCCAGAGCAGAACUGUUUGACUUCUAAGCCUUGCGGAGAUCAGAGUCCAUCUAAACCUGGUAUGGUUAGGAUAGAUUAUGCUAAACUCCAGCCUGAAAUACAAGGAGAGAAAUCUCCAGAAUCUGUUACCAAACCUAGUCUCAACUCUACCAUAGAGAGGUUGAAGGGAAAGCUAGGGCAAGGAGAAAAUGAGGUGGGCCGGAAGGACGAGUAUCUGAAAACUACGUCUUCUAUGUUUGGUUUGGUGGAACCGAAGGUUGAAGGAGAAGUGUCGGCCGAGGAGGUUUUCAACCUUCUCCUAGGGGUCGGGAUUACUCCCCUUCAACCUAUAUCUAUUUUAGACAGAGUUUCUAACGGAAGAAAGACGGAGAACUCCGAGACUGAUUCAGACAAUUUUGUUCAAAUUCUCCUUGAACAGAUUCAACAGUUUAAACAGCUCAAAUCUCAGAUCUCAGCAGAGCACCAGCAAAUCCUUAAGCUUGCAGCUUUACCAAAACUAGCAGUGGAAGGACCAAGUGCUCUGAGAAGACUUUUGGCGCAUCUUCAGCAGCUUUCUCCAAACCAACUCAGUAUAAUUAAAGUUGAACUGAAGAGCAGCAGUAAACCCACAAACAUUACCCAGCUAACUAGCACUAGUAGUAGUAGUAGUGGUGGUGGCAGCAAUAGAGUCAACAAUACAAAUAACAGUGACAUUAGGAGCAGUAAUAUCUCCAGCAGUAGCAGUAAUAUCUCCAGCAGUAGCAGUAAUAUCCCCAGCAGUAGCAGUAAUAUCUCAAGCAGUAGCAGUAAUAUCUCCUGUAUUAGAAGAAGAAGUAGGGAACAGACGCUGCCUGAAAUUAAAUGCAUUCAGGUUGGUGUAUGGAGAGGAGAGAUCUAUCUGGAUCAGGUUCCUGGUUUACUCAGGGUUUAUCCUCCUCGCGGAACUGGAUUCUCACAGAAGGAUUUCUCCCUGGACCGAAAACAGAUCAUAGAACUAGGAAUUCCAAACCUAGGUUCUCAAACUCGUCAUAAAUCUUCCAGGAGUGAGUUGGUUGAAGUUGACGGAGAGAAUCUUGUCAAAAUAUUUUUUGUCGACAAAUUUCUGACGAUCAGUGUUGAAGUGUUUAAACCAGAUCUUAUAGAUAUUGAUUAAAUUCAUUUUAGAUCACAAAUUUAUUUUUGCUUCAAUUCAAACUAAAUUUGAUUUAUUGAUUGUAAGUAAAUACAAGAAAAUCUACUUUCUAGAUACAGUGAGAGUUAUGAAAUUGUAGAAUAGAAAUAGAAUUUAAGACUUAUUAGUCUAAUGAAUAUUUAAAAUAUUAAUUGUGCAGUUUACACCAACCUAUUUCACUUAAGUUGAAUUUUCAGCUACUAUUCCACAGUUUUAUGUUUCCCACUGUUCACAUAGUGUACACUGUAUAUAUCAUGUUCUUUUAACUCUUAACAACAUCACACGCAUCAUUCAUAUAUCGACAUUUUUGAAAAAAAAAUUUAGAAAAUCUUCAUAAUAUUGAAAUAUUAUAUAUGAAUUAAAAUGAUGACCUUGGUCAACUUGAUCUUCUAGAUGUCCUUAACUAUUUAAUGAAGGAACAACUAUUGUUCAUUGAGUUCCUUCUAGUUAAUAAUAUGUAUUCAUCUGUUGUUAAAUGUACACUGUAGUUUUCAAGGAUAUUAUCAAGUGAGCUAUGUUUUUUCCCCAUGUCAAGCAUUUCAAUUAUUUGAUUAAAUUAAUAUUUAAAAAUA